AGUGUAUUUUCUGAUUUCGCAACGAUUCGAACGUGAACGCGGCUGAAACAGAGGAAAUUGAAAGGCCAGAAAAGGAGUCGGUCGUCUAGCGCUCGCGUGAACUUCGUUGAGAGCCGCCGAGUCCUGUGUGCUGUCCUGUCCUGUCGUGGAGUAUCCUCCGUGCGAGAAUGCACUUUCAGUCGAUUACCGUCGCUCGCCUGCAAUGGAUCGCCUGAAUCCCCAAGCGACAAGGCCACAGCCUUGAACGACGGCCGUUGGCCAAGUAGAGCGCGAGAAUUUGAACGUGGCAAAGAGUCGCUCGCAGCUAGCAGGAUAUGUUGGCGGAAAUGUUAACCACCGGCCCCUCACCGCUGGCUCUGCCCAUCUCUCACUGAAUCCAAGUGUUUCCCCAAGUGCCAGUGCCUAAGAAAAAGAUAUAAAAACGGAAGCAAAAAAAAAAAAGAACCACAAAAAAAAAACAACAACCGAAAAGCGAAGGAUGAUGAUGUUGGCCAAUGGCCAUGCCCAUGCCCGUGCCCAUGCCCAUGCCCAUGAGGCUGAUGAUGUCAUGCCAUUGCCUUGGCUAUUGUCCUGGCCAAAGUGAAAGUGUUGUUGCUGCCGCUUUUCCGGCCACGGUUGACACAUGAGAGUCGCCACGGCAGGCAUGUGCCAUUAUCCCUCAAGUGAACAGCCACGUAAUUAACUGCCAAGGUUCUCCCAAAGAAGGCAUAACACGAAUGAAAAGAAUCGCCACGAAAAUCCAAGUGAAAUAAACUCAGAAAAAUCUACAGUAGAAAGCAAUUUCAGUGAAAUUAACCAUUUACCAUUAACCAUUAAGGAUUAUAACGAAAUAAAGGAUAACCCACUGCUGGCAGCCAUGGAUACUUUGUUUGCCGUCUGCUCGCUGCUGCUGCUGCUCCUCUCACAGAAUGCUGCAAUCCUUGGACAGCUGGAAGGCAACACAUCUCCCGCCUCGUCUUUGCCACCGUUAAGGCUGCAGCCAUCGACGCCAUCAAUAACGCAUUUUGUAAAUGACUCCUUCAUCAUAUUCUGCCAGACAGUACAAAAGGAUAUCGACACCAAGUGGCGUGAUCCCCGCGGCCAGACCCGUGAGAACACCAAGGGUCGAGUGCACAUCGAAAAGAAGACGGGUCUUCUGGCUCUGGUCUUUGAGCACAUCUCGCUGGACGACAGGGGCAACUGGACCUGCGAGGUGAAUGGACAACAGAAUCGGAAUGUGAAUAACGAGCGAGAGUUCUAUUCCUCCUUUGAACUUCUCGUUAAUCAGAAAAUCUCAUUUGGCAAAACGGAACAAGUGCAGUCGGUGCGCGAGGGACGCGAUGCGAUGGUCAAUUGCUUUGUGGAGGGUAUGCCAGCACCGGAAGUCUCCUGGCUCUACAAUGGCGAAUACAUAAACACAGCUGUAAACUCGUCGAAGCAUAAUCGCCUGUCGAACGGUCUGUACAUCAGGAAUGUCAGCCAGGCGGAUGCCGGCGAGUAUACGUGUCGUGCCAUGCGUAUAACACCAACAUUUUCGGAUUCCGAUCAAAUAACGAUAUUGCUAAGGAUACAACAUAAGCCCCACUGGUUCUAUAACGAGACGCUGAACAUGCAGUACGCGUAUGUGGGCGGCGCUGUCAAUCUGAGCUGCGACGCCAUGGGCGAGCCGCCGCCAUCAUUCACCUGGUUGCACAACGGCAAGGGCAUCCUGGGCUUCAAUCAUCGCAUAUUCGUCGCCGACUAUGGGGCCACGUUGCAGCUGAACGUCCGGAAUGAGAGUCAGUUCGGGGACUACAAGUGCAAGGUGGCCAAUCCGCUGGGCAGCCUCGAGCGCCUGAUCAAACUGCGGCCGGGCGCCAAGCCCAUGGGGCCCACACGCUUCCAGCUGAAGCGUCUCUAUACGGAUGCCUUCGAGCUGGAUCUGCGCACGCCCCGCAUGACCAAUGUCUCCGAUGAGAUGCAGAUCUUUGGCUACCGGGUGGCCUACAUGAGCGAGAAUGAGUUCAAGUUCAGUGCUGGCAACUGGAGCCAUGCCAAACAGCGGGAUUUCUCGUUUCAUCGAGGCCAGCGUUUCAUUAUUUCGCAUCUGGUGGGAAACACAACGUAUCUGAUGCGCGCUGCCUCCCGAAAUCUGGCCGGACUCAGUGACUGGAGUGGCGUGAAGAUCUUUGCCACUGCCGGCUGCCGCAGCUGGUAUCCGUCUCCGUAUCCGGUCUACGCACUCAUCCUUGCUUUGAUUUAUGCAUAGAGCUUGUACCACCAGUCCCCAGUUACCAGUUUCCAGUACCAACUCCCAUUCCCAGAACCCAACCCCAACCCCUUGUUAUUGUUGCUGCUGAGUUCUCUAUAAUUUCUUUGUAUCUUCUGUGAUAGAACUUUGUGUGUGCAAUUCACUUAAACCUAAACCUAAACCUAAAAUCCGAAAAUUGAGAGAAAUACGUGGAAUUAUUAUUAAAGAAAAAAAAUGCUUUUUGUGCUAUAUAAAUAUAUAUAUAGAGAAUAUGUUACGCCUAUUGCCAAUUUUUCGCUGCCAACUUUCCAUUCAUCAAACACACAUUUUUUGUACGUUUUUUAAACUAAAAAAUCGAUUAUAUUAACGAUAGAGCAGGGGGAGAGGCAGAAAACGAUGUUUAUGGAGAGGCGAAUCCUUACGAUACAUACAAUACAUAUGCAUUGUCAACUCUACCUUCUAGUUAAAUAUGAAAAUGCCCAACUCUACAUAAAUGUUGUUCAAGCUAAAACUAAACCGAUAAAACUAUGUAAACCGAAACAAAACAAAACAAAAAAAAACAAAAAACCACUACAACUUUGAUGAAUUUUACAAAAACAAACAAAAGAAUGAAUGUCCAAAUUAUUGAUGAAAACAAAAGAGGAAAGAACAUAAGAAAACUAAAAGCAAAUCAAUAAUAGUAAAUGGAUUCAAAUUAGCUUAAUUGAAAUGCAAACAAAAAAAAAACGAGAAAGAGUUGCGAAAAAAUGAGGAAGAAAAGAAUCCCGAAAUGAAAUGUUUAGCUGGUAAGCAGUGCGUAUGAGUAUAUGAGAAUAAAUUCAACUGAAUGUGUA